AUGCACAGCACAGAGCUUCUUCAAUUUGUAAAAGAUGUUGACAUCCCAAGCACCAUUUACAAGGAUGACUGUGGCUACUGCUUUAAAACCAUGGUGAACCAUUCCUCUAGAGAUGAUCACGAAGCUGCCCCUGAAAACCAAUUGAAUAUCUGCUUAUUAUGUUUCCAAGGUUUCUGUAGGGACCAUGUCAAUUUCCACCAGAGAGUUGUUCAAAACUCUUUGCAAACUGUGCAUGAUGUGUAUUUAAAUGCAUACAAACUAGAGAAGUCUCAGACGUCAGAGCAAUCUCAGGAGAAGAAGUUGAAAUUGGAAGUCCAGGACCUUUCGGAUGACGAACUUUACGAGUAUCAUUGGUCGCUAUUGAAUUACCAUGAUGGAACUCUAGAGACGGUUAUGAUGAGUAGUGAGAAAGACAAACAUGAUCAGUCUGUGGUAAAUAAAUUGGAGCAAAUAAUCAGGGCGAAAUCAGCUGGUUAUCAAGAGAUGAAAACUACCUGGCAAUUAGAUAUCCUUCCUUGUAGUCAUACCAAUGAUUUUGUUAUUCCAGAUAUAGAGAAGGAAGUUGAGAAAACUUGUAAUAAAUGUGAUCUAGACAACAACUUGUGGCUAUGUCUUCACUGUGGACAUAUAGGUUGUGGUAGAGAACAGGUUGGUAUACAAGGAAGCUCACAUGCAUUGGCACACUACGAGGAAACGUCGAAUAGCCACCCUUUGGCAAUAAAGUUGGGUUCCUUAUCCCGUGAUUCGAGUGAUGUAUACUGUUACGCUUGUGAUGACGACGUUAGGUUUGGCGACAAAAAUCAGCUUGCACUGAUUUUGGCAAGCUAUGGGAUUACCUUAGAUGACCAGGUUGCCAAGGAGAGAACGUUAUUGGAAUUGCAAGUUGAGCAGAAUAUGAGCUGGGAUUUUAAAAUGGAGGAUGCAAAUGGUCAAAGCUUCCGAAGCCUAGAGGCAUCUAAGAGCUAUGGAUGCGGUCUAAUAAACCUAGGCAACUCCUGUUAUAUGAAUUCCGUGCUUCAAAUCUUACUCAAUGGCGGUGUUCGUGACUGGGAUCUAGAAGUGUUGGGUGAAACUCCGUUAGACGUAGUGUAUCCGUCUAAAAACUUGAAGUGUCAAUUAAUUAAACUGAGAGAAGCAUUCAAGUCUAGUCCAGAAAAAUAUAAGCACGGUGUGAAGCCCACUAGUGUAAAGCAGUGCAUUGGGAGUGGUAAUGAGGAGUUCGGCUCUGCGAGACAGCAGGAUGCGAUGGAAUUUCUCACCUACUUCAUUGAUAAGUUGGAUAAAAAUGUUUUCAACGAGGGUACAGAAAAUCCGAACGAUAAGGUCAGAUUCAUCAUGGAUGAUAGAGUUCAGUGCACAGAAUGUAACCGUGUUAAAUACCGUGAAAAUGUAGCAGAAGCAUUACAGCUUCCGCUUCUACAGAAUGAGGAGCCGCAAGACCUCAUUGAGCGGAUAGAUGCCUACAUGUCUGGUGAGCCAGUUAAUAUGAAGUGCUCUUAUUGUAAGAAGGAAACGGUGGUGAUUAAAAGCUCUAAGUUCAAAUCGGCACCUUCUACCUUGGUUAUAAAUCCUAUAAGAAUGAGGUUGCAAAAUUGGACGCCCAUAAAGACUAAUAAUAAACUAUUGGUUCCUGGUGUCGAAGAUGAUAAUAUCUUAGAUAUAUCUGCAUAUAAGUCUAGCGGCAUACAGUCUGAUGAGAUAGAAUUUCCGGACGAUGACGAUAACGAUGAAUAUAGCGGUUUUCAUCCAGUUGAAGAGUAUAUUUCUUCCAUUGUUGAUAUGGGAUUUACCAGGAACGCAGCAGUCCGUUCUCUAUACUACACCGGCAACAGUAAUGCAGAAACUGCCCUAAACUGGAUUUUUGAACAUAUUGAGGACCCAGAAUUGAACUCAGAAUUUGUUAUUCCGGGUUCAAAUUCAAAAGGACGCGUAGACCCAGACGCUCUCAGCAAUAUGAUUGCUAUGGGUCUAGCCGAAAAGUUAUCCCGUAAAGCAUUGUUGUUAAAUAACAAUGAUUUGACUCGAAGUGUUGAAUGGGUUUUUAAUAACUUGGACGACGACGGCGAAUUAGAAGAAGAAGUGAACGGUCCAUCGACCGCUACACCUCCUCGUUACGGAUCCUAUGAAGAGUUUCCUAUUUAUCAGCUCUCUGCUGUGAUUUGUCAUAAAGGUAACUCUAUCCAUAGUGGUCAUUAUGUUGCAUUUAUCAAGAAACCGAUAAAAAAUAAGCUCUGCUGGGUCUUAUACAAUGAUGAAAAGAUCGUUGAAGCCAACUCUGAAGAGAAUUUGCAAGAGAUUGAGAAAAACGGUUAUAUAUACAUUUUCAACAGCACAUAA